UGUUGUUACUUUGUGCAUGGUAGUAGCACUAAAUGAUAGUAACACUAAACGCCAACUGUCAUUCCUAAGUAUUGCUCCAAGAUUAUUCCAGACACUGGCCAAAACUUAUUUUUCUCUUUUUUCACAAAGUGGAUAUAUCUAAAUGUGCAAACGUUAAGUAUAUUACAAAAAGAAAACACGGAGAUCAUUAUAUAAAUUAAAAUUAUUUUAGUGAUUUACAAGUUCACUGGAUUAGGAAUUAAUUGGAUAUUAAUUACAAUGUUUACCUGACCAUCAUAGAUUUUUCAAAACAUGAUCUGACUUUAUGAUUUGUGUUUUCGUUUCCAUUUGAUAAAAAAUAAAACUUAUUGGAUUUAUUUACCAAAGUGUUCCAAAUAAAGAACAAAAUUGUAUAGGCUAACAUUAAACAGUUCAUGUAAACUAUGUCUAGUUCCCAAAGUGACGAUUUUUGGGAAACAUUUGACAGUAAUUCUGUGGAUGAACGUGCAUUCCAGAAUGAGCUGCAAAGGUUAAACAAUGUGUUCAAUAUUCCAGCCGUGUCUCAAACGAAAAAGUAUGUGUGUAAACUCUGCAACACAGAAUUUAGCAAGAAUUCGAAUCUAAAACGGCACGUUGACGGCAACAGGUGUACUAAACGUCCGAAAACUGUCCACUCUGCAACGCCCUACUAUGCAUGUCCAUUAUGCAGUACAACAUUUGCAAACAAAUUCAACUUGGAUAGGCACUGCAGACAAAAGUCCUGCAUAAAUGUUGCUAAAGAAAACUCGACUGAAUUAAAUUGUAAUAGGUGCAACAGAAAGUUUUCCAAAACAUUUAAUUAUCAAAGGCACAUGAAAACAGACUGUUUGAAAACAAAAUCUUAUAUAUGUGAUGACUGUGGGAAAACUUUCAUGAAGGAGGGUUGUCUCACAAAACAUCAGAGAAAUGAUCUUUGCGACAGAGGGCGUCACUUGAAUUCAGGAAACAGUGAGGCCAGUGGUAGUAGUUUUUUGCAUGGGAAACCUGUAUGCUUAGCGUGCAACAAAAACUUUGCCAACAAAGCGUCCUUAAUGAGACAUAAGAAACGGAAUGUUUGCCAAACAAAAUUUGAAAAAGUGUUUCAGUGCAAUAAAUGUAAGAAAAUGUUUUCUUCCGCUGCGUACCUAAAGCAGCAUUACAAUAGAGCACAUCCGCUAAAUCAAGAACGUAACCCAGACCAUGGCAGUGAUGGAAUUCAACAUCAGCCCAACAUAAAUGACGAAUACGAUGACAUUCCUUCACAAGACAACUAUGUCCCAUAUAACGACGGUCCAUUAAAGCAGUAUCGUUGUACUUUCUUUGGUAAUACCAUGAUUCGGUACAGACUAACUACGGUAGAUGGAGAACAAAAUGAUAUGCUCUACUUCUUUGGAAACCGGAGGGAACAAUUAAAGAGUAAUAUCACACGGGAGAUGAGUCGUCUUCGUACAUUGAAAUGGUAUGUGGCUGUUAAGGUCAAAAUGGAAAGGGUCAAUGUUGAGGGUGCGGUUGUUGACGAAGCCACUCCAGUUUUUAGGUCUGUCACGAAGCCUAUUUUGUCAGAGGAAAGCAUAAGUGAACAGAUAAACGAUGCGUAUCUGAAAAUGAUGAAACACUUCGACAGUUUUCGCGAAUCUGGAUCAGGAUGGCGCCUGAAAUCCGUGGAGAACAUGGAACAAACCCUUGUAACCUACCGCCCCCUCCGCGGAUCGUGCUACAAUUAUGUCAUUCCCGACACACUACUAAGAAAAAACUGCCUCCUUAACGUCACGGGACCUCCUGCUUUAGACGGCGACUGUUUCCGUUACUCACUGCUGGCCGCCCUUCAUACAGAUGAGGAAUUGGUAGGAAACAUCCCUUGGGCAGAUCUCCACCAGUACAGAGACACGAUUUCUUUUGAGGGUAUAGAGGGUUCUGGUAAACACAUGCCAAUUACGGACAUUGAGGCCUUUGAAAAUAAAAAUAACAUUUCGAUCAAUUUGUACGGCUAUGAAGAGUAUGUAUUUCCGAUUCACAUAUCUUCAAACAAACAGAGACAAAAACAUGUGGACUUACUAAUUCUUCAGGGAAAAAGUGAUGUUGAUGAUGGUGAUGAUGAUGGUGAUACUGAAGAUGUUCAUUUCGCUAGUAUAUUGGACAAUCGAAAAUCACAUUACUGUGUCAUUAAAAGCCUCAAACGGCUAGUCUCCUCACAGGUUGGGCGUCAUUGUACCGAUAUUUGUAGGCGUUGCCUCACCCCUAGAUACACAAAUGAAAGUAUGGCUGAACAUGAACUAAUAUGUUCCAAGGACGAAGAUCAUGUUCUCUGUUCUAUGCCUGUAGGCUCACAAAAGUGGCUAAAAUUUCGCAAUUAUGGCCGCCUUCUGAAAGUUAGUUUCGUCAUAGUAGCAAAUUUUGUCUGCUAUACGUCACCUUUGUAUUCUCAUGAUGAACCUACGGAAGGCUAUGAAACUAGAGAAAGAAGAUUGGAUCCGUGUGCCUAUUCAUACCAGAGGAUUAGCAUUGAUGGGUCUCAUCCAAAAGAACCUGUUGUGUACGUAGGGUCGGACGCAGACGACACCAUGGAACACUUUUUGGCAGAUAUGGCUGCUGAGGAGGCGGAAGUAUUUCAGAUUACAGAGAGAACAGUCCCUACCAUUUUGUGUGACGACGGUUUAAGAAAUCUACAGUCUUCCAAUGACACGUGUUUCGUAUGCAAAGAUCCAUUCCUUCCUGGAGAACGACAAGUUGUAGACCAUUCACACGUCAGUGGAAAAAUAAGAGGGCGCUGUCACAAUGCUUGUAAUUUGCGGUUGAAAGAGGCCAAUUUUCUUCCAGUUGUUCUAGAGAACUUGAGUAAACACGAAGGCAGAUUGAUCAUGCAAGCAAUCGGAAAGUUCGGAGCUGAUGCUGUUGACGUUAUACCACAGACUCUGGAUACAUUUGUCUCUAUAUCCAUAAAGCGCUGUAGAUAUUUAGACUUCAGCCGUUUUCUGAAAACGCCUUUAGAUGAUUUAGUGGACAGUGUUAGAGCGAAAUCUGGGUUUGAUGCUUUCCACUUUGUUAAAAGAAACAUACCAGCCGAAUACCUAGAUAUCAGCAUUGGAAAACAGUACAUGUUUACGGAUUAUCUUGAUUCUUCAUUUCGUCUGUCUGAAACCUCAUUACCGCCGCUUUCCGCCUUCAGCGACCGUAUCAAGGAUACACACCUAACUGAUGAAGAAUACCGGCAUGUGGAGCGUUUAUGGACGUCAUUUCAGAUGAGUGAUAUAAACUGCUAUAUAACACAGUAUUUGAAAACAAGAUGUCUUCUCUUCGCAGACGUCGUUGAAGAUUUCAGGCAGGUGUUGAUGCACGACUUCUCUCUGGAUCCCAUGCAUUAUUACAGUCUACCGGGUUACAGCUUUGAUUGUUGUUUAUACAGAUCCGAAGUUACACUUGAACUUAUGACUGACGAGGACAUGCACAAUACCGUACUACAAGCGUUACGAGGUGGGGUAACUGUCGUUGGUUCUCCAAGAAUAUGUUCAGCAAACUCACCAGGUCUGCCAGAUUUCGAUCCAGAUUCUCCUGUCAGCAGAAUAUUGUUUUUAGAUUUUAAUUCGUUGUACCCGAGCUGCAUGAUCGACUACCCACUUCCAAUAUAUGGCUUCCGGUAUCUAACCGAGUUUGACAUAGACCGAUUGAAUAUCAUGGAUAUCCCCAAAGAUUCUGAUAAGGGUUACAUCUUCGUCGUAGAUUUAGAGUACCCAGAGGAAUUACACGAUAGAGAUGACGGUUAUCCAAUGUGCCCAGAAAAUGCUGUAAUUACAAAAGACAUGUUGUCUCCAUAUACUCAUCAAUUGGCAGAAAAGUGUGGAAUAAAGCUGAAGGACGACCGAAAGCUGUGUCAAACCUUUCAUGAUAAAACAAGAUACGCCACGCAUUACCUAACGCUUCAGCACUACCUGAGUCACGGCAUGGUGCUGAAAAGAAUACACCGCGUUAUUGAAUUCACACAAUCACGUUGGCUUGAAGAAUUCAUGACGUACACAUGUACUAAAAGAAAGGAAGCCACCAACGAGUUCGAUGCUAUUCUGUACAAAGGAAUAGCCAAUCAAUGCUUUGGGAAAACCAUUGAAAACCAGAAGAAAAGAAUUAACGUUCGCAUAUGUACGAAUGCCAAACAGCUGGAACGCCUGGUCAGGAAACCAACGUUUGCAGCUGCGCGUGUAUUUUCACCAGAUCUUGCAGCUGUACAGCUUUUCAAUCGGAAAGUUCUUCUGAACAAACCGAUAUCUGUUGGGUUCACCAUCCUUGAAGUAUCUAAGCUACGGAUGUUCCAGUUUUAUCACGACUUUCUGUUACAAGCCUUUCCAGAGGGGACCGUGACUGUUCUUUACUCGGACACUGAUAGCUGGUUGAUAAAUGUACAAGGCAAUCAUGACAUGGACUCAAUUUUACGGGCAAACAGAAACAGGUUCGAUUUUUCAUCUCUUCCAGAUGACCAUCCCCUGAAAGAUGACAUGAACAGAAAAACACCCGGCAAGUUAAAGUUUGAAUUAGGAAACAGUAUAUGCACUGAAAGUAUAGUUUUGUCUAGUAAAUGCUAUUCUCUCUUAACUGAGAAUGGUACCAAAUCUGCCCUCAAAGGGGUACAGUGCAAUGUUAAACAUGAACGCUACAAGGAAUGCCUGUUGAGCGACACAAGUUAUAGUGGCACAACGAAAAGUGUUAAAAACUUCGGACAAUCGUUGUAUCACGUCAAUACACAAAGGCGCAUGCUCACGCCAGUUGACACAAAACGUUUUUAUUUGUCUGCAAACAAAUCGUACAGUUACGGCCACUACAAACUACUUGAAAACUUAUAAAUACGUGCUAUGUGACCCGACUCAACUCAACUCGGCACGUAUUUUAUUUUCAGUCAGGUUACAGACAAAAUUGCUAUAAAUGUACAUACAAUAUGGGUAAUUGUAAACAAAUGAAACUAGAAAAAAACUUUUGGGCUUAUUAUGUCCCAUUAUAAAAGUGCGAAAUACUUCAUAUUUACUGGUUCUCGCUUACAUUGCACAAUAUUGUCACGUGGCUUUAAAAAAAAAACAAGUUAUAAAGAAAUUGAAUUUUCUCAGUUUGACCGCAUACAUACAUACUUAAGGAAACAGUUGUUAACGGAUCAAAAUUCAAUGUGUAUAUAUUGAGCAGUUUAUUUUAUGUUUAAUUGAUUCCAUGCCUUUGUCAAAUUUUUUAUUUCUUUUUCUAACAUAUGUUCUAGCUUUUUUUAUCCAGUCCUUGUAAAUAGUUCGGCUUGUUUUACCAUUUGUUAUUUCAGUACAUUUUAUCUUAACAUGUUUAUGCAAAUUCAUUUCUUUUCCUCUGUGAUUGUUUUCUUUAUCAGGAUAUUUAAAACUAGAGUAUUUCAAGUUGCGACAGCUUCCUUUCGGUAUAAGAAGUAAAAUAUUUGAUGUUGUUUUAAAAAUAACUUAAUUUUCUCAAAUAAAAUGUCAUUAAGAGUACUAUGUUUGUAUGUUGCUUUUGUUUGGUAGAAUAAACAGCUUGGAUGGCUUUGGUAUAUAAGAAAGUAUCAACUUUCUUUCCAUAUAUUUGGGAAAAACACUUAUAGCAUUAAACACUAUAUUUAACACUAGACAAUGCGCAUUGUGGCUAAAAUAUCAAAAAGGAAAAUAUUUUCUAGAGGUAAGUCGUUAAUUUUAUUUAUUUUAAAAUGUAUCUGUUUUAAUUGAAUACAAUGCGUUAAUCGUCAUUGUUUUAAAUCUUAAAUAUAUAUCAAACCAUUCGAUUAGAAAUUUUACUGUGUCUACUUAACAUUACUUUUAAACAUAAUCAUAUCGCCAUAAUACAUAUUAUAAUCCAUGAAGUAAUUAAUUAAUUGCAGAUGGGUUGCCGCCAAAAGCAAAGAGGUGCCUUGAUUUCACUGGGAUGGCCUUGCCCAAGAAAAGACAUAUAGAAUGUAUGCCUGACAUGGAUACUGCUGCUUUACCAGGGUACCAAGGAAACGGAUGGCUUAGGGCUGUAAAGGUCAAACUUAUGGAUAUACCAUGGGAAGGAACAGAACACGGAAUAUCGGCACGAUCUAUUACCCUCAAAUCUCAUUCAGACCUAAGUCCAGACAUCAUAGACUUGCUGACUCCAUGUACAGUGACACCAACUGAGAUGACGGCUAAUGUAAUGGUGUUCGAAUAUUUUACUUGGCUACCAACAGUCGUGUUGCAUAAAAUAGUGAUGAUGUGUGACAUACAGAGCGCAUUAAGACUUUCCCAAACGUGUCGUCUGUUUUUUAGAAUUAUAGAUACAUGCUGGUUUUGGGAAAGUCGUUUAUUGCAGGACUUACAAGUCACUUCUUUAUGGGGUGCAAAGUACUACACAAAACUUAGACUUGUAAAAGGAGAGUAUCAGGAACUGUUUAAGUUAAAGCAGAAAGGACUUAUUUAAGCUUGUGUUGUGAUGGUUGUAUUAUUUACACACAAUUCAAACCUUUACAAUAUGAAUUAAACAAAUAAUUCUUCAUCUA